AUUACUCAGAGGUGACCUCAGGUUUCCCAUAAAAGGACAGGAAAGGGCCAAGUACUCUAUAGAGCUUAUUCUAUAGGUUACAGGUGUCUAAUCCAGUGGGAGUGAGAAGGAGGGACAACGUCUAUGUGUCGUAGGAAGGAAGUUUAGUUUAGGCUCGAUGGGACAUUGUAAGAUUUAAGAGAGUUUGGAAAACUAAUUUCCAAAACUCAGCUAAGCAAGAACAUACCAGAACAUAUGAAGACGUGAGGCAGAUAGGAUCUACCUCGGGUUCAUUUUAGCUCAUUUUGUUUCGGAAAUAAGAAUACGAUGUACUACUUUGAACCGUAUAAGUUAGAGGAGGAAGGUAUCUUACUGAGAACCAGGUCAUCUGAAAGAUUCAAAUCUAGGUCGUGUUUCCAAGCAGGUGUAAUAGUCAAUAAGAGGAGCAGCUUUAGUUUGAAAUGGAAGAAUAUAGAGUUGAUAUUGAUCCUUUCAUGGUAGGAGUCAAAGACAGAGAUGAGUCUAUGGGGUCGUUCAGGGGUUUUCAGGGUAAAAGACGUUGCAAAAAAAUGUCUGACUCGUAAGUAUUUAAAUAAAUGGGUCCUGGAGACCAAAUGUAUCCGUUAGUUGUGAGAAAGAUGCCAAACAAUUAUUAUUUCAGGCCCUUAUUAUGUCAAAGAGUGGAUGAAACAAACAAACAUUUACCUGCAACUGCACCCAAACCCAGACGCCACCGUAUGACUCCGUUCCCAGUAACUCCCACUGGCUGCCAGCAGCAAACCAGAAGGUCAGAAGCAGCAGCUGUGUGGUGUGUUCAGACAUGACCCGGAUGUUGCUAACACUUCCUGAUUUCCUGACUUCCUGAUUGUGUAACACACACAUUCACAGCUGACCUUCAGAGGCUGACGUCAGGCCUGAAAUGAUCAGACUGAAAGUCUGGAGCUGACAGUCUGGUGAUGACGAUGAUGAAGGCUGCUGUGUGUCCUCUGACAGCGACGAUGAUCUGCACUGAGAUCUUUAACGAAGCUCCUGAGAUCAUUUCAGCUCACCUGCUGCGGAGGAAACCAUAUCACCUACAAACAGGAAGAAGAAGAAAAAGAAGAAGAAGGAGAAGAAGAAGAAGGAGUGUCAAGUGUUUGGUCUCAUACAAGUGGAUGGCAGAAUGGAGCAAACAUCUCUUCAGUGGCUGAUCUGUGUGACGACGGUGCUCUGCUGCAGACACGCUGAAGCUGGUCUGACUGUGAGUCCCAGCAGCUCUCAGAUGUUUGAAGGAGAUUCUGUCUCUCUGAGCUGUGAGGAGGACGACAGCUCUGCUGGAUGGAGGCUGUGGAGGAAUACAACCACAGAAACCAGAGCUGAAUGUGGCAACUGGGGAGAACGAGCUGGUUCCUCCUGCAAGAUCAGCUACAUCCACCCUCUGGACAGUGGAGUUUACUGGUGUGAGUCCAGAGAGGGAGCAACCAGUAACAGCAUCAACAGCACUGUCACUGGUGGAUCAGUGAUCCUGCAGAGUCCUGUCCUCCCUGUGAUGGAGGGAGAUGAUGUCACUCUGCACUGUAAAACAAAGACCUCCAACCUCCCAGCUGAUUUCUAUAAAGAUGGCUCCUUCAUCAGGACUGAGCCUGCAGGUCACAUGACCAUCCGCAAUGUUUCCAAGUCUGAUGAAGGCCUCUACAAGUGUAACAUCAGCAGUCAUGGAGAGUCUCCAUCCAGCUGGAUCACUGUCACAGGUAAAACUGCAACCAUAACGCCCCCUGUCUCACCAGCCCCGCCCCCUGUCUCCACAACUCCACCCAUCGCCUGUGAAGCCCCGCCCCCUAUGUCGGCAGCCCUACCCCUUGCGUUCAUACUUGUCUGCCACCUAGUGCUGUUCUGUCUGUGCGUCAUCUCCACUCUCAUCAUGGUGUCUUUAUAUCGACGCAGGUUUACAGGAAACAACCACCCCGUCUCCAUGGCAACGCCCACACCCACCAAGGCUGAGCAGGGACAGGCUGAUGAUGCCAUCACCUCUGUCAUGAUGGAGCAUCACUUCUGAACUGAACCAACGUGUUGUCGUUCUGAAGUUAAGCUAAAAUGUAAAAAAAAAACAUCAGAGGAGCCGAAACGCGUCACUGCGGAACUCCACAGGUUCUAGUUUGACUUCAGCAGCAGCAACAGUCUCACUUUACACUCUAAUCUGAUCGUGUGAGCAGCUGUGUGCGAGCAGUUAUCAGGAUUAACAGAGUCAGGUUUAGUGAAGCCUGUUAACUCAGAGAAAGACUGACUGGGUUGAACUUGAUUCAUGACACAGACUCCUGGACAAAUGUAACAUACGUUUGUUUGGUUCAGAUGUUUUAGAAGAAUCUCAGCCGGAUAAAUAAAAAUAUGGAUGUUUUGUGUGUGUGUUUGGUUUCCAUGUGGUCUGUGGCCGUCUACAAGAGGGAAACAGACUAAAUGGAUCAAUCAAGACCACAAAUUAUUAAAUCAAGAGCAUGAAUUAUUAAAUGGAUGCUAUCAGAGUUUAGGCUAACGUUAGUAGCUCUGUCCAGGCUCUUAUUUGAAUGUGGUUUAUCUAAUCCAAGUUAACAAUCUGUUAUGAGGCUAAAACGAUCCUGUUAAUUCUCAUCCAGCUAACAUAGUUAAUGGAUUAUUAAUGUUUAAGGUGUUAAAUGUGUAAUUAAUGUACAUAUAGUGUGUGUAGCAUAAAUGUGGACAUCCUCAGGUCAGAGUGGGAACUUGUUAUUAGUACUUAGCAGCUAAGCUAACGUCUGCUGUGUGUUCAGAGGCUGUGUUGGUUCAUUGAAGCUUUAAUAGUCUCACUUAUUGUUAAUUCAUGUUUAAAGUUUACAGAUAAAUUGUUAGAAACUUUGAACACAUUUACACAAACUGUAACAACAAACGUCUGUUUAUUUUUGCAGAAUGAACAUUAAAACUAUUAAAAUCAUAAUUCACACUUUCUGCGCUUGUUGGUUUAGGAAUCCAGUUUAUUCAGCUGUUGGACAGACAUGGAAAUACUUCAGAUUCAAGCAGAUAAACAACACUCACAUGUUGGUGAUGGAACAACAAACAGAGAAAUCAAUUAUUCAUCUGAUCGAUCGACAGAUAAAUUCAUCAGCAACUAUUUUUAUAAUCAAAUAAUUGUUUUAGUAACUCAAAAAUUCAGUUUCAAGCUUCUCAGAUGUGAUUCGAAGCUCUUCUGUGACAGAACAAGUUGAUUGGACAAAACAAAACAUGUUUUCUGACGUUUUAUAGAUAAAACGAUAAAUCAACUGAGAAAAUGAUCAGCCGUGUUGUUCUGUUGGUUGGAUGUCGUCUCCUGGGAAUGUGUCUUGACAAAACAAUAUAUCGAUUUGUUGAAAAAAUAACUGAAAA